AUGCUAAAAGGCGCUGUGUUCUGCAACUAUCCAAUUAUUACCUAUGUCGUGGGAGCUGUGGGAUUAGGCUUUUGGUCGGCUUCUUGCGUCUACUGCAUGACGUUGGCUAUCAGUCGACUGGCUGAAAUUGCCGGUUGGCAUUGCAUCACUGGUUUUCUGACACGAAGGAACUGUCUGCUUAUCUGCCUGCUGGCACUCUCCUACAGCGCCUGGGUGACGCUGUUCACCACCACGCCAAUGUUCAACUCGACGUUGGGCGCCUGGUUCUUUGAUCCGUUUCUUGGAAAUCAAAGAAAAUACGAAAACUUCCCGCACCAAGUCCAGAACAUUGUCGUAUCAAUUUUUGCGAUUAUCGUCUACGUCUUCAUGUGCUGGAAGGCCUCCCGGAAAUGGGGAUGGUCAACUGGGCUGUCGAAGACGCAGCGAUUGCUCUACAUCCAAGCAUUUGUCAUCUGCUCCACCCACGUAAUCGCUUCGUGGGGCUACAUGUUGCUGAACAUCAUCCCGACAUUCCCCCUCGUCCUCAUCAUGGUCGGCCAUCAUGCGUGGCAGUGGAGUCAUGGUGUCCCCGGCGUCGUCUACCUGGCCCUAAACCGUUCGAUAAAGCAACAAGUGGCCGGCUGGUUUGGCUUGCAUUUGGGAAAUCGAACCUACUCUCUCAACACCACCGACCACGACCGCACCGAAACCAGCCAACAAAAGCAG